CUUCAGGUACUAUGUAGAGGGAAUUGCUGCUUUGAGUUUGGAAACUCGUUUAACCUGUUCGUACUGUGACAGAAGAUUUAAAGGUGCGAUAAGUAGUUUAUAAAUCUUCGUUUUCUAUAGUUAACAAUAAAUCAUCGUGCGGAGAAACGAGCACACAAAGAGUGAUAUGAAGAAGGUAAAGCUGUGACGGUGGGAUUCAAACAUAAAAAUAGCCCCGGUGACGACAAGAAUAUCUAACCUUAUGCCCUCGGCUACCGGAGGAAACAACCCUAUAGGGCAACAGAAGGGUGGGGCGACUAUGCCCAGUAAUGAAGAAUGCGGAAUCAGAGACGUAUGGGGUCACAAUCUGGAAGAAGAAUUUCGAACAAUUCGCCAAGUUGUACAACAAUAUCAGUACAUCGCUAUGGAUACCGAGUUCCCCGGUGUUGUAGCUAGGCCUAUUGGUGAAUUCAGGACUAGUGCAGAUUUCCAGUACCAGUUAUUACGAUGUAAUGUAGAUCUUUUGCGAAUAAUUCAACUUGGUCUUACGUUUCUCGAUGAAUCAGGAAACACGCCUGGUGGUAGUUACACGACGUGGCAAUUUAAUUUCAAAUUUAACUUACAAACAGACAUGUAUGCACAGGAUAGUAUAGAUAUGCUGCAAAACAGUGGUAUACAAUUCAAAAAACAUGAAGAAGAGGGUAUCGAUCCAUUAGAUUUCGCUGAACUUUUGAUGACAUCUGGAAUUGUUCUUGUUGACGAUAUAAAAUGGUUAUCGUUUCAUUCCGGCUAUGACUUUGGUUAUCUACUGAAACUUCUUACAGACCAAAAGUUACCACAAGAAGAAAGUGAAUUCUUUGAGCUUCUUAGGAUAUAUUUUCCGACAAUAUAUGAUGUAAAAUACUUAAUGAAAUCUUGCAAAAAUUUGAAAGGAGGCCUACAAGAGGUAGCGGAACAAUUGGAAAUUCAAAGAGUUGGACCUCAACAUCAAGCUGGAUCUGAUUCGUUACUUACGGGAAUGGUUUUCUUUAAAAUGCGAGAGAUGUUUUUCGAGGACAACAUUGACGACGCGAAAUAUUGUGGACAUUUGUACGGUUUGGGAACAUCAUUUGUCGUGAACGGCUCAGGAGGAUAUCUAGACAGUAAUGGAGAUAACUCUUCGUCUUCGUAAUGUUAAAACUAUCGCAUCUCAGUCGGAACAGAUUAUUUCAUUACAAAUAAAAUGUUAUAAAUAAUGUUUCACUUAAUGAUCAAGCGUAUAGUUCAUAUCCACGAUGUCACAUUCAAUUCACUGCUGUAGAUCACAAACAUCACUUGAUUGAAGAAAAUGAAACUAGGAACAUUCUUUCAUAUUCGUGCAUUUUUUGUAUCCUCGAAUUUGAGUCUUUCGUAGGUUUCUUCUGUGAUAUGUGCAAUCGAUCGAAAAUAUUUACAAUACCGUGCAACUUAAAGUAUGUAAUAUAGUUUCUUUACAAACGUUUAUGACAAUAUUGGUAUAUACAAGCUACAAUUUCAGUACAAAAUGAAAAAAAAGAGAAGAAAAUAAAUCUACUUUUAAGAUUUUUCAAAAACCUCUAAAUAUUGGGAUGGAAGAUCGGUAAAACAUUUAAAGUGAAGCAAAUGCAUGACUGCAUUGCUCUGGUACAUCUAUCAGUGUUCAUAUGUACAUUUAUCAUACGAUGCAUUUAUAGAUCAGUACAUUUUAAGCCUGAUAAAUUUCUUAUAUUUAAUGUUUUAAUAAAUAUUCGAUAAAAUCAUG